CAGUGUGCGCUCACGAGUAGAUGCAUCUGCCAGAUUAAAACGUGAAGAAAUGACAAAAUUGGCGGCUCCCAAAGGCCGUAUACUCGUAUCAUUACGAGACAAAACUAGUACUAUGAGACCUGAUGCUGCGGUGCUUUUGGAUGGUUUUGACGGACAGUCGAAGCUGCUGCUUCGGGCACUGAUGUCCGGCCCGUCGGGGACUCGCAGAGGACUGACUGCUUUCCAAAGGCUUCGGCGCGCAAACUCCGGCAUGUCUCUGGGAAACUUUGUGGAGACUCUGUGUCGAGACAGAAUAAGUUGUUUGGAAGAUGGCACCGAGUCAAUUGAAAUUAAGCCACUUGUGUGCCUGUUUCCAACAACCUUCAAGCAAAACCUGCUGUCUUUUCUUUAUUUGGUUCAACCUUCUCUUCCCGAGAGCACCAUCCUCCCUUUGCUCAAAUGUCUCGUCCAGGAAACCGGCAGCAGCCCAUGGGUCACUGCUCUGGUUAAACAGCUGGAAGGAAGGUCUAAGACUCACCAUGAACAGCCCAUGUGCACCAAUAGAUGCGCUCAAAGGCUGAAGGAGCUCUCAAAACGCUUGGUAGGUUCUGGUGAGGUCACAGGUUGGGCCAAAUGCUUUAGCAGUCCAACAACAAGCUCAGAGCUGAAGGACAUGCCUGAAAUAUCUGAGCCGGGGUCUCAGAGGAAAAGGAAGGGCAGUUUCAUCCACCUGGACUCAGACAGUGAAGAAACGGGGCAACACAGUAAACGAAGAAAAACAGAGGAUGAGUGUGCUGAUGAAGGAGAGACUGUAAAAACAACAGUUGUGCCUGAAAGUGUUCCUGCAGUGAUUCCUCUAUCAGAAAAUACACGUGAAGCUCUACCAGAAGACAUAAAGGUCUCAUUUCUUCAAAUAAAAGAGCUACUGCAAAGCCAGGACGAUGUGUGGGACCAAAAUGCAACCGAUUUAUUCAAAGUGCUGAACGACUGUGACCCUCGCCAAGUUGAGGUGUUAUGUACCAUGCUGAAGUUUCCUGAGUUACCUGAACACAUCCUACCUAAGCUGUGCAACAGCAUUUUGUCGCUCUCUCCUGACCUGAGCUACAGCACAGCAACUUCCCUCAUCAAGCAUCUUCUGCUGGAGAAAAUCCUUGCGCUGUCAGAACCAGCCUCAAGAUGUAUGGUAAUGGCAGCAACCUCACUUUGUAACCGCUACCCCAGAUCCAUGUGCCACGCUUUGAUUGGACCAGUGCUUGAUGAUAAAAACAUAGGGAGUCCACAGGUGGAGCUGCUGAACAGACUGAUAGGAGGCUGUCUUGAAUCUCACUACAAGCUGCUAGUGCUUCAAUUGACAUUCAAAGUUGAAUGGAGUGAAGCAAUGCUCUCUGUUAUCCACAGCUUGCUAGAUUCUGAGCCUUUCCUGAAUGCAGAAGUGUUCACACAGUUCACUGAACAGCUCGUCACUCAGAGUCCUUUAUUCACCAAGUCGAUGAAGUUUGCAAAAAUGAUGCUCACAGCUCUUACCAAAUAUGGCAAUCUUGUGAAUGCUGCACAUAAAAACUCGCUGUCUACCUGCCUGAUGUCAAAUGAGACGUUCCUGAAGAAACCUCUGCAAGCUGCUUUGAAGCGAAUCACACCGACAUGAGGACUUUCUGAUUCCUAAUAAAACAUUAAAUGUCUCACUUCAUUUAAACAGAAAUUGUAGUUAACAGAGACUUCUGUUUGUCUUUAGUCAUCUAAGAAAAAAAAUCUAUGUCGAUGAAAUAACUGAGUAAAAUCUUGAUUUAAUUAAA